AUGGAUUCCAGUUCUGAUCGUGCGUCGGCCCUGGCCAGUAUACAACAUCUCUCUUCGUCUCUCCCUCUAUCUCAACCAUGGGAAAACCAGUCUUCCUCUACCUUUGGUACCCGUGGCCGGGUAUUCAAUCCUGCUCUGGACGAUCCUACGCUGGUUCGACGGCCUACUGCUCUACGGCAACUUCAUGGGAUUGCUAGACCACCCCAACGGAAACACCGACAGUCCCCAUCGGUUGCCAGUACUAGGGGGGAUUCUGCAAUGUCGAGGCGGCGAAGCUUAGAUACGGAACGGCAAGCAGCAAACAGCCCUCCUGUCCGGCUACCGCCCGUUGAAGAGUUUGGUAUCGAGGGUAUUUUGCAGUCUAUUGAGCCUAACAUCCAGGUCACGCUGGAUGCUAUAGCCGAGAUAUGUGGGCGAAGCAGGCUGAGCCUUGCGAACGAGUAUGGGAGCCAUCGACCGCCACUUGGAGAAAUCAGAGCGCCUGCACGCACUGUUGAUCAUGGCCUUUUGACAGUUGAAGAGGCCAGCUCUAGCACUGAGAGGCUGGCAGACGAUAAUGUCCUGGUCGUGGGUGACGAUAUUAGUACUGUGGAUGGCCACGGUCACUUCUCGUCCACUUACGAUUAUCUCAACCCAAUACACCGCCCCACAGGUCUUUUCGAUUUCCGAAAUUCAAUACCUCAGGCAUGGGGUGAGGCAAACGCUUCCCAGCAGCAUGCUGAGACUCAAAGAUUAACGUUACGAAGAGAAUCUAUACCUGCAUAUGAAGGGGCUAUUCCCCCUACACAUGAACCUCAACCCGUAGAGAAAGGGAAACUACCUUAUCUACCGUGGGCUCUCAAGGAUCAUAGUGUCAAUAGUGGCCAUCGUGCUACUGGACAGUCAAUGAUGACACAUCCUGUCAUAUCUGAAGUCCAUCUAGACGCUCAGGCUGAUAGGACUUAUCACUUGACUGAGCCAGGUAGACCGUGGCCAUCAACUGACCCAACGAUGGACGACCCAGGCUAUGAGGGUGUCUUAUAUACUAGCAGCCAUACACAAAAAUCACACUCUAGAAAAUCUUCUGUUCUGACUGAACUGCAAGGGUUCCUCGGCUGGCUUGGAAAUACGAAUCGCUCUUCUGAUAAACCCAGCCAUGAAGUCACCUCCCUGAUAUCUGCCCAGACGAAGCUACGAGAGCUGCUGGAGAAACACGACGCUCGCCUCAGUCAGCCUCCUGAUGAACGAUGA